UUUUUUUUUUUUGGGUUCCUUUUCGUCUUGGGGCUUUUGGCUUACGGAAAAGGAAAGCGUCUGAUGCGUCUGCUCACAUGCCACUUGUGAUCAUACGUUGCCUCUUUGCACAGAGCAGGAUCGCUGGGAAAGAUGGAGAUACAAUAAGUUGCUAGUAGUGGAAAGUGCUGCAGAAAUCCAGCGGUUUCCUUUCUCCACCGAAGUGACAUUUUUUUUUUCCCCUUUAAUUUUUAUUUCCCCCCCCCCCAUCCCCCUCGGGUUAAGUUGCAAAAGCUGCUUGGCGGAGACUGACUGUAGCUGAGAGCAGGUUUGUGGGUUUUGGUUUUGGUUCCCCCCCCCCUCCCCCCCCUUGCGCGGUUAGGUUUUGCACAGAGCAGCGAUGAAGAGGAAGCUGGCAUACUCCGAGAUGCAGUUGGUUCUGCUCGUUUUAUUGGUGUGGCUACCAACAAGAUCAGUGCUGGCUGACUCCCUGGAAGACGAAGCUAAGAAUAACAUCACCAUCUUUACAAGAAUUCUAGACAGACUUCUGGAUGGUUAUGAUAAUCGUCUCCGACCUGGAUUAGGAGAUAGUAUUACUGAAGUCUUCACUAACAUCUAUGUGACCAGUUUUGGACCUGUUUCAGAUACUGAUAUGGAGUACACGAUAGAUGUUUUCUUCCGCCAGAGGUGGAAGGAUGAGAGAUUAAAGUUUAAGGGCCCAAUGAACAUUCUCCGACUGAACAAUUUAAUGGCCAGCAAAAUCUGGACCCCAGACACAUUUUUUCACAAUGGGAAGAAGUCAGUGGCUCAUAACAUGACAAUGCCAAACAAGCUUCUCCGGAUCCAAGAUGAUGGGACCCUCUUGUACACCAUGAGGCUUACAGUCCAAGCUGAAUGUCCAAUGCACUUGGAGGACUUCCCUAUGGAUGCUCACUCAUGCCCACUGAAAUUUGGCAGCUAUGCCUACACAACUUCAGAAGUGACAUACAUUUGGACUUACAAUGCUUCAGAUUCAGUGCAGGUGGCACCAGAUGGCUCAAGAUUGAACCAGUAUGAUCUUUUAGGCCAAACAAUUGGAAAAGAGACAGUUAAAUCAAGUACAGGUGAAUAUACAGUAAUGACAGCUCAUUUUCACCUGAAGAGGAAAAUUGGCUAUUUUGUCAUUCAGACUUACCUCCCCUGUAUCAUGACUGUCAUUCUCUCUCAAGUGUCAUUCUGGCUGAACAGAGAAUCUGUACCUGCCAGGACAGUCUUUGGAGUCACCACAGUGCUGACAAUGACAACGCUGAGCAUCAGCGCUCGGAACUCGCUCCCCAAAGUGGCCUAUGCGACGGCUAUGGAUUGGUUCAUUGCUGUUUGCUACGCCUUUGUGUUCUCUGCACUCAUUGAAUUUGCAACUGUAAACUACUUCACAAAACGAGGAUGGGCCUGGGAUGGAAAGAGUGUAGUGAAUGAUAAGAAAAAAGAGAAAGCAUCUGUCAUUAAGAAAAACAAUGCCUAUGCAGUGGCUGUUGCCAACUAUGCUCCAAAUAUUACCAAGGACUCAGUGCUACCAACCAUCUCCAAGAGCGCUACGACCGCAGAACCCAACAAGGCAAAACCAGAGGCGAAGCCGCAGGAGGCAAAGAAGACAUUCAACAGCGUUAGCAAGAUCGACAGAAUGUCUAGAAUAGUCUUUCCAGUCUUAUUUGGCACUUUCAAUUUAGUGUAUUGGGCAACAUAUUUAAACAGGGAGCCCGUCUUACUUGGCUUUGCACCAUCAACCUAAACGUUGACUUGCCCCGAGGACUCCAAGCAUCAUUCUUAUCAGAUAGGUUGUUCGCUAUGUACAGUACGACUAAUAACUGCUAAUCCCUGAACCAUUAUGUACAGAGUGUAUAUAGAUGUCUUCUCUGCGUGCCUCCAGAGGAGGGACGCAGUCUUAAUUAAUGGGUCCUGCAAACUGACAGCGCCCACAGCAAAUACAGCCAGCUCUUGAAAAAAAACAAGCAACCAAACCAA